AUUAAUACAUCUUAAAGCCAGAGUAACGCAAGUGAAAUACUGUCGUCAGCUAAACUAGGUUAAAUUACGCGGUUCGGACUUCCGAGUAAAUAUGAUUUUUAUCAUCACGAUAAGCUGAUAAGGUUGCAUACGAAGAAAACUAAAUAAUUUUUCUCUACUUUUGUUUCGUAAAGAACGUAACUAUUGUAACGUUUGACCGAGAUAAUCUAAGUGCAGAUAAAAGGUGGUUUAUUUCUGUGCGUCUGUGUGUAGUUGCAUCGUCAGUCGCGAGUUAAGCGAGCGAAGCGACAUACAGACAUUCCCUGAAGUGGAACGGCUGCGGUCGUGUUUUGUUUUGAUAUAAAUCCAACAUCCCUGACAUGUGAACGCGACGAUGGCACUCUCAUCGAAUUGCUGGAAAUAUCUCGUCCUGACCUUCAACGUUUUGUUCGCUAUGUCAGCUGUGGUACUUUUCUGUACAAGUGGAUUUCUUCUCUACAAGCUAUUCGUUUUUAGACAUUUUAUAGGUAUAAAUGUGGAAUAUCCGGCAAUACUGUUAUUAAUGAUGGCUAUAAUAACCUGCUCUAUUUCCUGGAUCGGUUGGAGGACUGCGAAAUCUAUGCAUCAGAUUCACGUCAUAAUUACCGCGUUACUAAUAACACUAGUUGUGGUGAUCGAGUUCGCCUGCUUCGUUUGGGCGAUGGUCGUCUGGGACAACGUAGAAAUAGAUAUAAAGACAACCAUGACGUCCUAUUUUAUGAUGUCCAACGUUAGUAAGGAGACCAGUACAGAUUCCGUGAGAUGGGAUCGGUUACAUGUUAAGUUUGAAUGCUGCGGAGUGAGUGGUCCCAACGACUACAGCGCCGCUGGCCACGUUCCUUUCUCGUGCUGCGGCCAGGGUCCUUUAGACUCCAUCCAGAAACCUUACACAUCCGACUGCAGCACAUUGUAUCAACGAGGCUGCGGUAACUUGCUGCAUCAGUACGCAAAAGAGCAUUUGCUCUGGGUCGCCAUGACAGCGUUGACAGCGUCACUGCUUCAGAGUUCUGGAAUCUUCUGUACUUUCUUCCUCGCUCAAGCUAUAAAAGAAAAACGAAGAGCUUCCAUACGUCACUCGAUGUCUGUGAGAGAGAAUUUCGCGCCUGAUGACUCUCUACUGGCCACGCCGACUGCUCCCAAUCCGACAUUGCCGAAAUAUUAAAGAGGACUCAUUUAGAAGCUGUCACUAAUUUCUUGCCUGCAAAACAUGUUGCAUACAAAUAUAAAUCCGUCCCCAAAACGUUAUACUAAUACAUGAAACAAUAAGUGAUAGUCGUUUUUAUAGUAAAUUUACGACAUUUAUCUCAAAUAUAUAGGUAUAUUGUAUAAGUAUACACCAGGUAGUCAAUGCUUAUAAGUAAAUAUAAACGGAACAAGCAUUUUACAUGACAGAAAUUAUUGACGUGGUUUUUUGAAAAAAAUGUAACAAAUUUUUCAAGCGAUAGUGUUUACUACAUAA